UUGAAAGUAAAACUAAACAGCCUCUCUGACUAAUGCAUGAACUUCACUGCCGUCACAACACUGCCAGCACCAGAACUGGAGCCUGGCCUGCGACACCAGCCAACAGCAGAGAAGUACCGCACAUUUUACAGUUUGAGAUAUACAAAAAAUUUGGACGACACAAGCGUUUUGUUACCAACCUGAUGGCGAUGGCACUGCAGAAUUCCACAGCUCAAGUAAAACACUAUCAGUGGAUGCUUCAUGAUGGAAGUCAGUGGUUAAAUCUGAAUCAUGAUUCUGUAAUAGAAACACACUUCUGCCAGCCAGGAGCACAAGGGAUUGCCCUUUUCACACCUGAUUAUGGGCGCAUCUUUCUGGACUUUGACAAGAUGGAGAUCCAGGGGGGCCAAAUGACACCCUAUCGUCAAACCUCCUUGUCACAGGACGAAACGGAGGAAUAUUUGUGGUACUUCUUUGAGAACAGACACUGGCAUGAGUAUGGUUCACAGGGUUCUUCAAAGACGAAAGCUUCUGUGACAAGCCAUGACAUUGAGCAGCAGUACCAGAUGAAUCCACAAGGGUCCUGCAAGUUUACUGCUGGAAACAUGGCUUAUUCUCUGAAUUUUUCAGCAAUGACACAAAGCAAUCUCCGUACGGGAAUGCAGAGGAGGGUGAGGAGACGGCCCAAGUACAAUUCUGUGAUCCAGAAAACUAACAGCUUGGCCAUUCAGGACCCGAGCCUCUCUUCAACAAUGCCCCUGGCUGGUGGCUUUACAUGGCAGUUCAGAGGAGAUGAAGGCGUGUGGAGAGAAUAUAAAGCCGCUAAUACCAAUGGAGUAGUUUGCUCAGUAAGCAGUGAUGAUAUUGAGCAGAGCUAUCAGCAGAAUCCUCAGGGUCAGCUGCAGUUUACUGCUGGCCGUUUCAGUUACACGCUGGAUUUUUCAGGAAUGAGUCAGUUCAACAGUACAAGUAGAAAAAAAAGAGAUGUGAGGCGAAUACCUAGUGAGAACCAGCAGAAGAGCAGUUCUUUGCAAGGCAUGGCCCUUUCAUCAGCGACUUCCCUUGCUGGCGGCUAUGUCUGGCAGUUUAGAGGAGAAGAGGGGGUGUGGACGGAAUAUAAAACCAAUACUGUGAAUGGUGGCAUUUCUGUCUCAAGUGAGGACAUUGAGAUGAAUUACCAGCAGAAUCCAUUGGGAACCAUGAACUUCACUGCAGGAAAGUUCAGCUACAUCUUAGACUUUUCAGCUAUGACACAGAAAAAUCUGAGAACUACUAAAACUCGACAAGUUCGGCGUCUUCAACGGUGACCACUUUCACACAGAAAAUGUUGAAUUUUUUCCCACAAGUUUGGAGAAAUUAUUUGUACUUAAUCAAGUGUAUUCUCAGUUUUAAUUCAUUUAAAUAUUGGAAAAGCCUACUUAAAAGACAUUGUCAUUUGAAUAUAUUAUUGUAUUUCUGUCUGUAUAGGAAGAUAGGGUUGUGUGCAAUUUUGUGAUAGUGACCAUCAAACCAAGGCAAGUGGCUGGCUCUAAACUGUGCAAUCCAGUGUACUUGUAAGCAUAACUAUCACUGACACUGUUAUCUGCUGUAUUAUUGAUUUGUAUUUUGUCAGACUUGUACUUGCUUGAACCAAAGUCAUUGUAUUUAUCUUGCUCUUAAUUGUAUUAUUACUUGUACUGUGAUACUUGAAAUGUAUUUGCUUACGAUUGUAAGUCGCCCUGGAUAAGGGCGUCUGCUAAGAAAUAAUAAUAAUAAUAAUAAUAAUAAAAGCAUAGUUUACAUGUAUCUUCUCCUUUUAACUGCCAUAUAAUAAAGGAGAGCAUAAAGUAGUAUGACGUAAGAGCAGCACAAAUAGCAAACAAACUGGGACCACAUCAGUAGGAUACCAUUACAUACUGUUGAUUUAGGCUUCAGUACCAGCAAGAUACCUAGACAGCCACUUCAUAUUGUUUUAGAGGGUUACUUUGAGUUUCUAUGUGGCCCUUAAUUGAUCUGUAACAUUACCAAUUUGUUUCUCUUUUUAGAAAUCGCAUAUUGUUAUGGUUGCAGUGUUAGAAAGUCACGCUAGUCCUGCACCCAUGAUCAACUAAUACUGUUGUAUAUCUAGACUUGGAUCAGAAUUAUGAGUGCGAUCAGUUCAGACCUGCUGUUCCGGGGGCCUGGUUCCUCAAAUUCCUGGCACAUGGUAUUUUCAAUGAAUAUACCUAAAAAGUGAAGUUUUGAAACACUGGACUGGGUGCAGUUACCAGUUAGAUUUUCUUCUCCUGUUUUCAUAUGUGUAUGUAAGUUAAUACUUUGUAUUUGCUACAUUAAACAAAUAAGUUAUGAUACCACUGCCAAAGUAAUAUUCUGUUGAUCUCUGGAAAUAAAUACAUACAUUUAUCAUUUUUA